GCCCCGUAUCCAAAAGCCCCGCCAACACUCUCUUCCCUACCAUUUUAAUUUAAAAAACCCUCGCUCCCCUUCAAAUUCCCUCUCAUUUUCCCUCUCUCUCUCAGUACAAACCCUAACCCUAAAUUACACCAGGAAGGAAAGAUGUUGGAGCUGAGGCUGGUACAGGGAUCUCUUCUUAAGAAAGUCUUAGAGUCAAUCAAGGAUCUGGUCAACGAUGCAAACUUUGACUUCUCGUCCUCUGGGUUCUCUCUCCAGUCCAUGGAUUCCAGCCACGUUGCCCUGGUGGCUCUACUCCUCAAAUCGGAGGGUUUUGAGCACUACCGCUGCGACCGUAACACGUCAAUGGGCAUGAAUCUUGGUAACAUGUCUAAGAUGUUAAAGUGCGCUGGUAACGAUGACAUCAUCACCAUCAAAGGCGACGAUGGGAGUGAUACUGUCACUUUCAUGUUUGAAAGUCCCACACAGGACAAAAUUGCUGAUUUUGAGAUGAAGUUGAUGGACAUUGAUAGUGAGCACCUUGGAAUUCCAGAGGCAGAAUACCAUGCUAUUGUUAAGAUGCCUUCAGCUGAGUUUGCUAGGAUUUGUAAAGACCUUGCUAGCAUUGGUGAUACAGUUGUGAUCUCUGUGACAAAGGAGGGUGUUAAGUUUUCCACAAGAGGUGAUAUUGGAACUGCAAAUAUCGUCCUGAGGCAGAAUACCACUGUUGACAAGCCAGAAGAUGCAACAGUCAUUGAGAUGAAUGAGCCAGUGUCGAUGACAUUUGCUCUGAGGUACAUGAACUCCUUCACCAAGGCAACCCCACUGUCAAACACAGUUACAAUCAGCAUGUCUCCAGACCUGCCUGUUGUGGUUGAGUACAAGAUUGCUGAAAUGGGCUAUGUCAGAUUCUACCUGGCUCCCAAGAUGGAAGAGGAUGAGCCUGAACCCGGAGCCUAACUAUUAUUCAUUUCCUUCACCUAAAUCACUUUUUGUAAAUUCGGAAAUCGUUUUCAGGAUGCUUAUCAUUUCCUUCAGUGGCUUUCAUGCAGGGAGCUGGUCCCUCUGUAGUUAUUAUGUAUUUAAAGCUUCCUUUAAUGAUGACUGCUGAGAUUUUUAGAUGUAAUGUGAUAGGCAGGACUAAACAUUUUCCCGUGUAGGUUUUUUUAUUGGUUUGUUCCUAUUUGUGCCUUGGAAAGAACUGGUUUAUGUUUCUUCUAUUUUUAAGAUGCCUCGAUACCAUGACAA